AUGUCUCCAUAUAAAUUGGUAUUUGGAAAAGCUUGUCAUCUUCCGGUGGAACUCGAACAUAAGGCGUUGUGGUCCUUGAAAAAGUUGACUCUAGAAUGGGGUGAUGCCUCAAACUUGAGGUUGGAGCAGAUUAACGAGCUCGAUGAAUUUCAACUGAAAGCAUAUGCGAGUUCUGCACUCUACAAGACCCUCAUGAAACACUUCUAUGACAAGAUCUUGCAAAGAGAGUUCAGCAUCGGGGAUCGCGUAUUGUUGUUCAACUCCAGGCUCCGGUUAUUUUCUGGAAAGUUGAAAUCCAAAUGGCCUGGCCCGUUUGGAAUCACACAAGUGUUCUCAUCCGGAGCAAUUCAAUUUGUUUGCCCAAGUGGUAAUAAAAUCAAAGUGAAUGGGCAAAGGGUGAAACAUUACUGGGGAUCUCAGAAUGAAUCAAAGAUUAUUGAGGUCUUCCUCCUUAAUGAGCCAUGA